AUGCGACAGUUGGAAUGGGACGACAUGGGAGUGAAGGUUGACGGUCGGCAGCUACACCAUUUGCGCUUUGCUGAUGACAUCGCACUGAUAACACCUAACAUCAGCCAAGCGGAACGAAUGCCGACCGAAAUUCGACGAAACAUGUGGAUGCAUCGGUCUUCAGCUGAAUCUGGAAAAGACGAUGUUCAUGCGAAACUUAUGGCUCUCGGAUGCCCCAUUUAUGCUCACCGGAACGAACAUAUCGGAGUGCACUAG